AUGGCCGACUUUGAGAUGUCCAAAAGAAAAUUUGAUAACUUAGAGAAUGAUCAACUGAUAGUCAAGUUUCCACCGCGACUUUAUGAAAUUUAUGGAGAACAUGAAAGUAUCGAUGAUGUUUUGCAGAAAGCAGGCUGCUCUGAAGACAUCAAAAUAAAACAGGGUAAAAUGCGUAUUUUAAAAGACAAAGGACAAUGGAUAUUUGAUGAAACAAUAGAUCAAGUUAUCGAAAGAACUCAAUCCCUUCUUAACGCGCUUGAAGAUGUUGACUAUAUAGUAUUAGUUGGCGGGUUUUCAGAGUCAAAAUACCUUCGAACGAGAAUGAAGGCUGAAUUCGGGGAUAAAGUUGUAGAGCCUACAGAACCAAGAACUGCUGUUAUGAGAGGAGCCGUGUUGUUUGGCCACAAUCCAGCUGCUAUACAAACAAGAGUUUCAAAGUAUACCUAUGGUAUCGCAACAAUGAAACAUUUCGAACCAGGAUUACAUUCAGAACAGAAGCGUAUCUUGAUUGGUGGGCGUGCGUAUUGCGAUGACAUCUUUGAAAAGCAUGUAACUAUUGGACAAGAGAUAAUUGUCGGACAAAGCAUGAAAGAGAUUACCUAUCAUCCAACUAUAGCCAAGCAGACGCAAGCUACCCUGCAGGUGUUCGCAAGCUCAAAAGAAGAUCCCGAGUAUGUGACCGAUGAGGGUUGUCAGCAUGUUGGCUCACUGCUUGUGGAAAUGGACACAGGCGGCAACAGGAACUUUAAAAUCAAAGUUAAGCUGAUAUUUGGUGGGACCGAAAUACAGGUUAAAGUCCGGGAUGAACAUGGAAUUGUGAUAAAAGACGCCAAGAUGAAGUUCUUAGACUAG